AUGGUUCGUCCAAGGCCUGUCGUUCAAGACCUUCUCGCCGAUCUUCCAACUGACGCCGAAGCCGUACCAACGCAAUCAAUGCUCCCACCCAAACCAAAGAGAGUUAAAAAGGCUCAGCCUAAAGCCAAGGCUACAGAUGCCGAAGCUGAGGAUGCUGUGCCUAUUUCAAAGCUGGCAGAAAGCAAAAAAUCAACCUCUGUUUCCACCAAGAGGUCAGCUGAGGGUCAACCCUCAGGGUCUACUCAAUCAAAGAGGCCAAGGUCAUCGUUUGCGACGACCUCGGCUUCAAAGAAGCCCGAUGUCCCCUGGGCCCCUGAUCUAUCCCUGGAGGAUAGGCCCAUUAUGGCUAGUGAAAGUGCCGACGAUAUUAACCUUGAUCUCCCUGUUGACUCGCCCCUUCGGAAUGCUGAUGCCAUCCCUUUGCCAUUCCCACCUCCACCUGAAGGUGAAUCAGAAUCUGAUGCUGACGCCGAGGAUGAAGAUAAGGAAACCAAUGAAGAAGCCUUGGUGAGAAAACCCAAGGAUGCCGUCAUAGUCAAGUCCCCUCCUCCUACUGAGCAGAUUAUGGACUUAACUUUGGAUGAGGAGGGUGAUGAGGCCAAGGAGGCAACCAAGGAAACUGCCACUGGGCAUCUAUCGUCCAAUCUUCUCUUGAUAGAAAGAAGUGUUGAGGAAUCACUAGCAGAGAUUGAUGCCGAGAUACAAGCGGACAAAGUGGCCGACGAGGUUCCACCAGAAUCGUCCGAGGUCCCAGUCCCUGCAGUGGCUAACAGUGAAGAAUCUUGA